GAAUCUAAUAUUAAUUUUAGGGCUUCACACAGUCACACCAUACUCUGGAGAUUGACGAGAAUACGACCGUGACUUCUCCAACUCCUACCCAAGACGCGAUCGUAUUUGACAUUUCUUGUCACCGUCGCUGACGCCGUUCCGCCUGCCGACAGCUUUUCACGGGUCUUCAGCCUUCACGUCAACGAAUCAGAAUCGGGUUUAUUCGGUCUUCAGCCUAUGAAUUCACAUCCCGUAAGUGAUUUUUGUAAUCAUGUCUUCAGCAGAGCCGAAUCAACCCAAUGAUUCAAACACGGUUAAUGAUACAAGUGGUAGAAUCGUUGGUUCACAUAGGAGUAGACUUCUUCCAUCAACAAUUGAAGCUAUCAUAUGCACUCAAAAUUGGAUAUGGGCGGGUAAAAAGUUAUGUUGUGUUAUUGAUGAUGAUGAUGUACAUUCCGAUGAAGACAAAGAGUGAAUUAAGGGAUGAUAUUCAAAUGUCAAUGAAUGAAGUGUUGAAGGAAAUUAAUGGAUACCGAAGAUGUAGUGAAUUGGUCAUAUAUUUUUGGACAUGUUAUUUUAUAUUUGUAAUUUUGGAUUUGUCGUAUUUUGCAUUUGUAAUGUUGGAUUUGUCUUUGUAAGAUUGUUGGAAUUGUCGUUUUGUAAUAUUGGAUUUGUAAUGUUGGAUUUUUAA